AUGAAUCAAGAAUUCAAUUUUUAUUUUUUCACCAUUUUUCCAACGUUUUACAACAGUGAGCAGAAACCAUCGACAAAGCCGCUAGGCGAUUGCACCCAACAGUCUUCUAUCGUUACACUAUAUGCUGAUUCUCGUCCAUGGAAGAAUUUCAGACGAAAUGCAAGAAGUUUCAAGUAUUAUCUAUGGAGUUUUGUUUACUUUCACAACACGUUGAUCGCCGUUCGCUCUUCGGAACUCUCUAUUUGCACACACGUUUUGGUUAAACGAAAUGGUGUGGGACGUUUUCCUGAUAAUCGGUUCUGUGAAUCAGAGGCUUGUACUUUCUACCGGGGAAGAAUUGGUUGGUUGAUCAUGUGGUUUGGAUUUUUGGCUGAAACAGGAGCGUUUGGUGCAGUACAGCUUUGUGAAUCUAAUUUGGUCAGCGUCGGAUCUAUGAACACGAAGCACGGCCCCGUUAUUGCCCAUUUCAGAUAAAAAAAUCAUUACGGCAGCCGCCGGCCUUUUAUGUAAGGCAACUAUACACCAAUUCAUGCGCACAAAGGUAUGAAACCUAGGCAUUUCUUUAUAUAUAUAUAUAUAAUUAAAUUUAUUAGGAUAUACUGAGUAGUCCAAUGAUUUAUUUCUAGGAAGAAACAUAAUGGGCAUUUAGACUCCCAAUUUGACUGGGGUGUAAUGUACUAUUAGCCAACACAACUUUUGGACGCCUCAUUAUCGUUAUAAUAGUUGAAGUUUUAAAUUAUAAAAAAAAUGAUUUAAAAACUUUGUUGUCUACGGUGUUUACUAUUAUACGACCGUUAUCUCUCCUUAUUAGUAAUCUACAAUAAAAUAGUUUGUACUCAAAUAUAGACUUUUAUAACUCACACUAUGUUCUACACUCCAAACACAGACUACAAUUAUCUAUAAGCUAUGAUAACCAACUUCAGCACCAAAACUAUUCCAAUAUGAUUCUCCACUGUUGAUGAUAAUUAGUAUCAUUAUUGUUUGUUAAGGAAAAAUAAUCACAAAAAACCAAUUUUGAGCAUUAAAAUUGUUUGGGUGUGGGAACUUGAUUGAUUUUUCUUUGGAGCUAAACUUGGAAAGACUACUGGGUUUACGAAUAAACUUACUAACUCGUCUAAUUGGACAAAUAAAAUGGAGGGAGGAAAUAAUUAAUAGUUGCAGAUGUUUUAAAAUUUAUGAUGGGAAAAAAAAAACAAAAAAAAGAGAGAAAAGAGAAAAAAAUGACAGGGGAAAGCCCAUUCUGAUGUGUAGCUUUACAGCCUGUCCUUUCGCUUUGUUUUCUACUUGUGAAUAAUUUCCAUGUUUAUCCCAAACAAGUAGAAUAAUGACCCUGUUUUAUAUAUUUAGCUGAAUGACUAGAACUUUAUACGUGUGUUUAUUUGGUAUCAGAACUUAGAAAGUGACUAAGACUAUCAAACUAACAAGUCCUUGUUUAGUUGGUCUAUGCAUUUUUUUUUUAAGUAUCUAAUAAGCCUUCAAACAUUUUCUUUUUCAUUCUUGAAAUUUAAAUUUUGAGGCAAACACAUCCUCGACCUAUAUAAUAUUUUUUAAACUUCAUACUUGCUAACAAUAAAUUUUAGAGGGUGUUUAGGACAAUGAGUUGAUUAUUAUGAGGUUAUUAUAGUUGGAUUAUAAUAGUUUGGGUUUGAUGUGUAAGUUAUUUUAGUUUGGGUUACACAAUAUUUUGUGUUGAGCUUUAAGCUAUUUUAGUUUGAGAAAGCAAUAGUAAAUACGGUAGAAAAAAAUAGUGAAUUCUUCUAAAUAGUAUUUAUUAUAACAAGAGGUGGUUAUAUCUUAAAAUAGCCCUUAUCACAGACACUUCCUAAAAGUUUAGAGACUUCUUAGAUAAAAUUCAAUUUUAUAUUUAAUAUGUUAGUUAAUUUUUAAAAAUUUUGAGCAUCUAAAGAGUGUUAGAUACAAAAUUGAAAGCUUAGAGGAAGUUUGGAAUUCACCAAACUCAUGUUUGGACACUUAAAAUAAAAUUUUUGGGAUUAAGAAAGAAACCAAACUUAUGAGUUUGGAAUAUGUUUUUUUUAUUAUUAUUAUUGAAUGUCAUAUGUUUUAGAAAUUUUUUUACUACAACAUGAUCAUUGAUGACCAUUAGCAACAAAAUUUGGCCAACUUCACGAUUAACCCUUGAUGACCGAUCAUGAUCGAUCAAUAGUCAUGACGACUGAUCGUCUUGAUUGUUGGCUUCGAGUCAUUUUGAUCGUCGCCUCUAGAUCGUCUUGAUCGUCGACUAUUAAUCAUCUUGAUCGUUGGUAACCUACCAGUUUGGACGUCAUUGUCGUUAGGUAAACAUCUUGAUCGUCGGCGAUCAAUCGUUAUCGUUAAUUAUCGAUUGUCGUGCCUAUUAACAAAUGGUUGUAGUGAUGGACAAUGACCAAUGGCCAUGACCCUUGGUGUCUAAUUGUCAUGAUGGUUGGCGAUCGACCAAUAGUUUUAAACAUUGGCGAUAGUUGACUGUCUUCACCAUUGAUUGAUGUCUAUCUUUAGCAAGACUUGCCUACACUCUUUCCCAUGGGUUUGAAUAGUAAACACUAUUCAAGCCCAUGUAUUACUAUUUUUUUUUCAAUUAAAUCUAGAAAAUUCGUCAGUCAACUCCGAACACCACUUCUAGUGACCAUUGUCGGCCGACCACUAGGUGUCAAUUCUGACAACCUUGUUGGCAAACUUCCGACCACCAACUUUGGUGACUAUUGCAAACCUUGAAAAUUUAAUAAAAAUGAACUUUUGAAAAAAAAAUUCGAGUCAUUCCAAAUAUGACUUUGAUUUAAUUACAAUAAUAUGCUCAUUAUUAGAUUAUUUUUUAAUUAUCUCUUUUUAUCUUAUUUAUUUAAAAUUAAUCUUUUUUUCAUUUUAGGAGAUUUGGUUAUAUUUUUC